AUGUCGGUGUCCGUGUCCAGCAUCCCUGUAAUGCUGAAGGAGAAGAGCUAUCCAGCCGGCAUGCUGAAGGGCAGUCCUGCCCGCGGCUUCUACCCAGCUCCUCUCCCCGGCCCUCAUCACUAUGUGGACUUCUUCCCGCGUACGCACAACCUUCUCCACCCGCUCAAGUCCCUCGGUCGUCUGGUGUCGGACGCUCAGGCUUCCCUGCCGCUCAGCCUGCACGGCGGGGCCACUCCCUUUCUCGGCCAGGCCGGCCACAACGCCUCGGUCCUCCACGAACACAUGUUGAGCGCCUCCAGCAUCCCGUAUCUGAGCCAGAUGUUGCCCGGACACCCACUCUACUCCAAACCGGAGGAGCUGGCUGCUGUGGUGACCGAACACGCCACCGGUCCGCUGUCUUCAGACUUCAGCAGCCCGUCCAGUGAACGGUCUUCUGCUCCUACAUCCGCCAACACACCGCCCAAGGAGAGCUUCCUUCGGCUCCGGGGCACGGACCAUUCCACAGAGAAAAAGGGCGCAUCGUACAACUUCAGUGAGGACGACUUGUUCACGGUGCUCUACGGAUACUCCGGCAGCCAGGAGCGUAGCGUGGGUCACGCCAUAUCAGGAGUGGCCCUGCCGGAAAACUCAAUUUCUGACUCGCACAUUUUCCCACUGGACAAAGAAACUCUUGAACUUCCAGAGGGGUUAACCAUUCUCCAGGCAUCCUGGGGAAACGCUUCGAGCUGUGGUGUUUUUGCGGAUAAACACAGUAUUCCUAAAGGCGCCCGUUUUGGACCUUUCCAAGGAAAACUAGUCAACACAAGCGAAAUUAAAAUAUACGACGAUAACACCUUGAUGUGGGAGGUGUUUGAGAACGGCCGCCUCAGUCACUUUGUGGACGGAAGAGGGGGAUCUGGUAACUGGAUGUCUCUGGUGAAGUGCGCUCGCUUUCCCGAGGAGCAGAACCUGGUUGCCGUGCAGGUCCAGGGCCAGAUAUUUUACGAGGCCUGCAAGGAGAUCACGCCAGGCCAGGAGCUUUUGGUGUGGUACGGAGACUGCUACAUCCAGUUCCUCGGGAUCCCCCUCACACUGAAAGACCCUAGAGAGGACAGCAACGCGGUGCCUCCCUCUGAAGAUUCAAGCGAAGGCUUCAAGUGUGACAGAUGUGGGAAGGUUUUUGCGUACAAAUACUACAGAGACAAACACCUGAAAUACACCCGCUGCGUGGAUCAGGGGGACAGGAAGUUUCCGUGUCACCUCUGCAACAGAUCUUUCGAGAAGAGGGACCGAUUACGGAUCCACAUCCUCCACGUCCACGAGAAACACAGACCUCACAAGUGCUCGGUUUGUGGGAAAAGCUUCUCCCAGUCCUCCAGUCUCAACAAACACAUGCGCGUGCACUCGGGUGAACGUCCGUACAAGUGUGUCUACUGCAAUAAGGCCUUCACUGCCUCCAGCAUUCUGCGCACACACAUCCGACAGCACUCCGGUGAGAGGCCCUUCAAGUGCAAGCACUGCGGGAAGGCCUUCGCCUCCCACGCCGCCCACGACAGCCACGUCCGUCGGACGCACGCCAGAGACAAGCCGUAUCCAUGCGAGCUGUGCGGAGUGUCUUUCCAAGAAGAGCAGGAGCUUAAAUACCACAUGAAAAGCCACAAAAAAAGGCAAAUCUUGGACAGCACCAUUCUCCCGUCUUCUCUGGAGAGAGGAUUGCAGGAGGAGUCCCUGUUUCCGCUGAAGGACCAUCAGAAGAAUAGCGGACAAAACUUUCCUUACAGCGGCUUAACAGUUUUAAAUCCAGAAUAUCGGCCCUGGAACUAG